AUGGACGGCUUCAACUACCCCAACCGACUUGUCCACCAACAAUACACAGAGUCCUUUGGCUCACCAGUACUACUCUGCUCGAGUCCGGACAACCAGAUCAUCGACCACUGCUACCCAGAGGAGUAUCAGCCUAUGUUCAACACCUGCCAAUCACCUCUGUUCCGAUCCAUGCAACCCAUGCUUCCGACUCAGCAUGAACAUCUCUCUGGACAAUGCACACCCACAUGGCCAGACUCAUACCCUUACCAGCCUGUCUUUAUGGACUACAAGGAUCCCUACAACUUUGGCGUCGUCCGCUCGAGUCCUUCUCUCCUUCCCUCCAUCGAGCAGACAUGUUUGAGCCGACCAGUCUCAAGAGCACCCUCGUUCAGAUCAGACACAAGCUCUUCAUGGGUGAGCUGCCCUAGAAGCAACCCAUCUCGCUCCUCCUCGCCCAACGCUGGAGAGAUGUCCAAGUACGGCGCUCCCAGCGAGGACGGCACGUGGAGAUGUGCUUACCCUGGAUGCACAUCCAAGUCCGUCUUCCGCCGAGGUUGCGAUCUGCGCAAGCAUUAUCGCAGACACACGAAGACCCUCUUCUGUCGCCAUAUCGGCUGCCGAUCCGCUAGCGAGGGAGGUUUCUCAAGCGAGAAAGACCGAGCACGCCAUGAGGCUAAGCAUGAUCCCAAGAUCGUUUGCGAAUGGGACGGCUGCAGUAGAGUGUUCAGCAGAGUGGACAACAUGAGAGAUCACGUACGCCGCAUUCACCGUCGCAAGCUUGUCAAAUGA